UCCAAAAUUUUAGUCAAAAUGGCGGAUAACAUUUUGUUGUAAGUUAUCAUUUUUAUAGAAAAUGUAUCUGAUGUGUGCAUACACUGAAGGAGAAAUGCACUGACAUUUGAUCUUAACGGUAAAAUCGAAACAUGUAUUUGAUCUGAGCGCCUAAUCGUCGGACCUGGAAAACUGAGGGGGUGGAGAUGUAACGGUGCCUAUCGUGAGAAAACUACCCUACAACAUUUCCACUAAGUGUAAGAAAUGCAUUUGUUACCUGAAUCGUGGAUAAAUAACUGUUUACCGAGGAAAGUCUUCUUCAAGGAAAAAACAAUGACUUGUACUGAUACUGGAAAGUGAAUAUGAAAAAGGAAAAAAAACGCACUUGUGAAUGGAAGUAUCUGGCAACAUGUGCAUUGUGGGUGCGGAACAGUCGGCUGAGGCCUUACUUACCAUGUGGACAGGAAGCAGUGAGGGUCAUGGCAGCUCCUCGUAGCAUUGCCUAAGUGAUGGUGUGAAGUGACAAUAAUACUACAUUGUGCUGACUGAUACUGUGUUGUGACUAUGUGCUGGUGAAGAACGUGUGUUACCCAAGAAGGAAAAACGUGGCAUAAUGGUGGAUCAGCAGCAAUUUUGUCUGCGGUGGAACAACCAUGGGUCAACACUUGUGGCUGUCUUUGACAACUUGUUGGCCAGUGAGUCCCUGGUGGAUGUAACACUCUUUGCUGAGGGGCAGCUGCUCAAAGCGCACAAAGUUGUUCUAUCGGCAUGUUCUCCAUACUUCCAGACACUGUUUGCUCAAACUACAGAUAAGCACCCCAUUGUGAUAUUAAAGGAUGUGAAACAUAAUGAGCUCAAGGCCUUGCUGGAUUACAUGUACAGGGGAGAAGUGAAUGUCUCCCAGGACCAACUAGGACCAUUAAUAAAAACAGCAGAGUCACUUAAAAUAAAAGGUUUGGCUGAUGGUAGCAAUAAAACUGAAACCGAAUCGCAUACUUCACACCCUACAAGCCAUGACCGGGUCAAGUUAGAAAAUUCCCACCCAGAUACAGGUGGUCGUUCAGGUCUAGAUGCCUUCCCUAUUCCCCCAGUCUCGGUUCCUUCAGUGUUGUCUACUGUACUGACAAUGCCUCCUGCACUCAGUCUGGCCUCAUCAAAUCUGGUUGCUCCCAUUAAACUACCUAACCUGGCUACCACAACAGUGAUGGACCCUUGUCCACGGGAGGAUGGAGAUUCUCCUCACGCAAAACGUAGGAGAAAAAUGCGCCAAAAGUCUGGUGAGGGUGGUGACAGUGGAGACAGUGAUGGCCGGUCCUCUGGUUCACCAGGUGAUGGUAUCCAUUUGCCCCGCAUACCAGCUACCAUCACUCCUAUACCACCACAUCCUACCCAUCGGGAUCCACACCAGCAGCAGAAGGAACGUGAGCGUGAACAUGAGAGAGAGCGUGAACGAGAACGAGAAUGGGAGCGAGAACGUGAGCAAGAACUACAACGGGAGCUUGACAGAGAGAGGGAGCGAGAACGAGAGAGAGAACGAGAAAGAGAAGUAAGAGAAACGCUACGAGCAAGUAGUCCUUCUCCUGAAAAUCUUGUAGGGUCAUCAAGAGGAGAGUGUCUUAUAGAUAUACCUCGGUCAUCUCCAAGUAUAAUACGAUCCUUCAGUGAGCAAGAGCACAGUUCUUCUACCCCCAUUAAACCCCUGGCAUUAUUAGGUCGCCAGGAUGAAAACAGCAGUGAUGCCAACCAUCUGUCAGAUGACGAUUGUGAUGAUAGAAGCACAAGUGACCGAAUAUCUUAUGACCACCCAGACACCCCAAGACCAUCUACUUCACGCCAUCUACCAGAAGAUGCUCCCCAUACACCCAGUUACCUUGGUUGGCCAUACCCACCGGAUACAUCAGGUACCGAGGAGUCUUUUCAGGCCUUAGAAAACACCAAUCAAGAUUACUUGCGUGCUUAUAACCUUGUGAGAGCUGGUUUCCCUGGCCUGUUGCCCCCCCGGGUGUCCACGGAUAUCCUGGCCUGUCCCCCCCCUAUAGGCCUUCCUCUGCUCCUCAAAAGCCGAGAAAAAGUCAGCCCUAAAUCCAUAUUGGGCUACCCCUUCUCAGAAAGUCCCAAACAAUUUGCGUGUGAAAAGUGUGGUCGCACAUAUGCCUCAACAGGUAACUUAAAACGGCACAAGAAAUAUGAAUGUGGAGUGGAGCCUCAGUUUUCUUGUCCAAUCUGCAAGAAAAAAUUCCAACACCGUCAUAGUGUAAAGAUCCACGUAUUUUCCACUCAUCGUAAUGAGGCAGGAGAAGGUGGCCCCCCCGAUGCAGCCAAAGAUUCACCUGCAAUCUUCCCUACUUCUGAAGGAAUGGCUGCUGUAGGACCAGUACCAUGUAAAGAAGAGUUCUUUCCAAUACCUCAGGAGGCCAAUGCCCCCACAACCCAAAAUCAAGAUGGCUAGAUAUAAGGCUAGGACUAACUAUUAGGAAGGUCAAAGGAAAAUUGAAUUUUUUGCAUGAUAGUUCCAGUUUUAAAAUUACUGGGGGAAGUGGGAUAGGAUAUUCCAUUUCAAAAUGUGCCUGAACCUCUGUUAUGCUCAGGGGUAGAAUAUUGUGUAUCCAGAUUUUUAUGUAGUUGAAUUAGUUGUCUGAGCAUUGCAAGGAUUCAGAUGGGGUGAAAUUCCAAACAACAUAACAUACAAAGCUUUCAUUGAAAUGUAUCCGUUAAGCUAGAUUGGUUUUUUUAUGGAGUGGUAAAUAGGAUGUUGUUAGAUACUGCUUGUAAGGUUGAAAAAUGUACACACAGACUGUGAAACUUAGUGUAUCCAAUAAUGACCUUGAACUCAAGGAACCUGACGCCUGUCUGUGAUGUAAUGCUGAACUAUGUGUAUCAUUAUAUCUUUAGUUGAGCUCACAGUGACGUGUAUGGACUUUCUUUAGAGUAAGCCAGAAGUGACUGUGUUUCUCAUUCUAUCAGUCUGUGUGUUCAUUAGUAAUGUACUGCCAAGCUAAGAGAAAUGCCUGUCAAUUUUUUUUAUAUUGGAAUAAUUCUUAAAUUAAAAAUUUACAAUGACAAAGUUUUCUUAAGCUGAAAACUUUAUAUAAAUAAAGCUUGGUAAGUUAUAUAUUGCCCAUAGUUCAGCAUUUUGCCAAGCUCUCUAUUGCACUGAGUGAACUAUAUGCUGUAACUUCAUGCACCAGUUCCUAUUGGCAGUGCAUCUCAUUGCAAUGUACUGUUUAUCUGAAAGACUAUUGGUUAAUUGUUGUCUGGUUCAGAGUGUUGCUGAAAAUAUAUAUGGUGCAUUUUCACCAUUGUGGGUUAAUAGGCAAAGGGGUGACAGGUUUUUUUUCUUCACAUGUGCUGUCCAUAUUCAGUAAUCCUUUACGGGACUUACUGUUUAAAAUCAACAACAAAAGGAAACUGGUAUCCCUUUGGCUAUUAUUUCAGUGAAUGGAACACUAUAUCAAUAUUUUACCUGUUCAUAUAAAGAGCAUAUUAUUAAUGGGCAGUGCAAGACAGGACACUGUCAGAUCCACAGAUACUAAGGAUUCAUUCAAUACAUGUUUCAGGUGAGAAGCCAUGAAAUAGCAUUGUGGUGCCCAUUCAUUUGUGGUAACUCAGGGAUUAUUUUCUUAACCAAACAUGGGUGCAGUGUCUGAUCUCCUGUAAUAUUUAGCUGGUGUGACAGGCUACAAAUAAUGCCAAACUCAGGGUAUAAGUACAAAUAAAGCCAUGGUCAAUUCAUUCCAUAGAGUAAAUUUAAUGUUGCUGCUCAAAUAGGCAUUUCAUUGUAGCACAGACACAAUCAAAUAUUUUACGUGCCAGUAUAGCUUAAUCAUUAGACGUUUGCUAAUGUUAUAGUGUUGUAGGUGCUACAGAGUCAUGUUUAGUGCUGCACACCAUUUUCUCAGGGACUGCAUCAUUAGCCAACUAUAAUAUACCUUCUCAUAAAGGUGCGAUAGAUCAUCGACAACUUGGUGCCUGCCAAUCAUGACCUCAUGGCCAUAGAGGUAUCUGUGGCUGCUUCUCAUCCUGCUGAUCCUAGUCAGAUUAUGAAUCCUAGGAUGCCACAGCUGUUUAGAAAUAUUUUAUAUAUGUUAGAAGAGUGGCUGUGGCAUCCCAUCUUUAAAUAGUAUUUGUAUCAGGGCUUAUUAUAAACCAUUAUAUUUGAAUAUUUGUUAGAAGGAAUGUCUGUUAGUUAGACAAUCAAGUAGGAAGAGUUUCUGUGGUGGUUAUAACUAAGCUAAGUUAAAAGUGUCCAAGAAGUUUAUUUUUGCUCAGGAACUUGUGGCUUACUUGUAUUACCUGCCAGAGGAAUUUUUCCCUUGUUUGUGUGUAUUUGCAUUAUGGUAAGCUCGGUACCACAUUAUUUAAUGGAAUAUUUAUUCUAGUUGCUAUUUGUUGCUAAAUGCUUAGGGCAAGGUUGCAUUAUAUUUUGCAUGAAAAGGUGUACAGUAUUAUGAGUUUUGCAAAAAAUGUAAUCUUGCCUCAAAGUUCUCUGAUAAUUGAAAUACAACGAAAAGUUCCUCAACAUUGUGAAGGUUUAUGCAACCAAUACGGGUAUUACGCAGGUACUGCAUUUGCUUGUCGGAAUCUAGCACCGCACUGUCUGACCAUCCUGUCCUGUACUGCCUUGCAAGGUUUAUUUAUAUGGUAACAAUCUGUGCCCCUCCAAGACUUGAUCAAAUGAUAUGAGUGAUAACUGUUAAGAAACUCAUAACAUUAACUUCUGCUGUGCAUUUAAGUAAUUUUAAUAGGAAAUUUAAAGAUUGGUCAUUCUUCAUAGUACCAACCCUUGGGUUACUUAAGCAGAUGAAUGAUUAUUUAUUCAUUUGCAUUUUUAAAUAUCAAUAUUCAAAUAUGAUUAUACUGUACAGCACAGUACAUGAACAUUUGAUGUAAUGAGUUUCUACCAAGUUACUGUAAACGUGAAUAUAAAUUUCAUCGUUUCAAAAGAUAGUUCUACUAUUAACUAUUUUGAGUUCUGUCCAAAACUCUAGUAUGCCUUAAAAUGAAAGUUCCUGAUACUAGGUUAAUUUUAUAACCUCUGAUUAUAUAACUUUAAAAUGCCAAGGUGUUACCAAGCCUAGUGCUGAUGUAUGAUGUGAAGGUGCUGAUAUAACUAAAUGCUCAGCCUCCAUGCUUGGUUGUACCCCCCCCCCUUUGUUUUAACUAAUUUAUAUAUUUUCUCAAUUGAAGUUAGUUAAAUCAAUAAAUAAUGAAGCAUACAAAUACUGUGCAGGGUAAUGAGAAGUUAAAAGGAUAAUUGUGCCAAUUUCUCAGUCAUGCUCUUUAUUACCCUGAAGGUGAAGAUCUCAUGUCGCCAGCCAUCAUUUAAUAGGAAAUCAACCUUCCAAUCUUGAGAGACCAAUCCCUCAGCUGUGCUGCUGCUUAUUGAAUGAUGCCAAAUUAGUACAACCUCCUGAUUGCAGUACAAAUAAUGCCUAUUUAAUUCUAGUUACCACUGCUCACUAUUGCUUAACAAAAUAAAUAUAAUGAGAUAGUUAGUACUGCUUUAUUGGUGAAGAGAGAAGUUAGCUAGAAGUAACUCACCUUGGAGGGGCCAGGAAAUCCUCAUAUGGAUGAUCAUAUUUGAGAACUUUCUCUAAUAAAUUGGGAUUGGCUUAUUAGUUCAUGAAGUUAUGCAUAGUAAUGAUUUAGCACUGAAAUGUGUACCUUUGACCACAGUUUUGUAAGUUUUUGAACUAGCGUUGUUUUACCCACAUUAUUUAACACUGAGUGGAUCUUGCUUAAUAUCAUACGCUCUGUAAAGCAUAAAAAUGUAACUUUAAGUGUGGUUGGAGAGUUGAACCACUUGUGUAGGGGCUCCCUUCUGAGCUGAAUAAAAUCGUCAGGCAUUAGCCAAAUAAAAUAUUUAAAAUGGCAUCCCCAUAGUGAAGUGGUUAAUGCCAACAUGUUUGCUGGCAAUGUGUGGGGUGUUAUGUACUCAAACAAAGUAGUUCUUCAUUAAGCAGCAUUUUUUCUAUCGCCAAAAAAUUAAGAAACCAAUUAAAUGCUGCAUUGUAUAUGUUUAUUGGAGUCAUCUAGUGGUUCAGUCCACUCAGCAUUUUCAUCGGUGUUUUCUUAUACAAUUCAGGUACAGUAUCCCCGAAGUUAUGGAAACUCAGGUUGCAGAAAAUCGCUCAUACGGAUUUUUAAAAUUAUAACCUCUAAUAUUCGGGAUACAGCCCGUAAAUUUGACCUUACAGAGAUGGGGUAAAUUUUCAACAGAAAACUCGCUCUAUAGAAAAUAAAUAAAUAAAAAAUCACCGACGUUAUAAUUUAUUUGGUGUGGAUUUCUUGGCAUUUGCUUCUACCAAGUGUGGGGAUACACAGUGUACCCAUGCCACUGGACUCGGUUUGUUUAUAUCUCCCAGUGUGUACCCUUGAUCUCUUGAUUCCAGCUCUUGGAUUUAACACUUACUGUAUACAGUAUACAUACCUUAUUCAAAACUGUCCAGUGUAUUACCCUUGUUCAAGAUGAGUGGAAAGAGGCCAUCAAGUGCAAGUGAAAGCAUUAGUGCUAAAAGAGCCCAUAAAGGAAUUACCGGUACAUAAGAUAUAAAACUUGAUGUUUUAUGAAGUUUGGUGCAGGAGAAAAACUUAGCCAGAUUGCAAAAACAUUAGGGCUUGCUACAUCUCCCAAUAACUCCCAUUGCACCACCUCACCUCACACAGCAUUAAAUAUUGUGUGUGAUGAGUUAAAUUCGAGUGUUUUGUGUACUGUAUUUAUUAUCUUUAUAUCAUAAGGUAAUCAAUGUAUGUGUUAAAAAAAUAUAUUUUCAUUCAUUAGUGUGCUUGUACUAUAUUACUUCUUUUUGUGAAAAUGUUUCUUUGGGAAUGCAUCUCCAAUUAUAUAAUCGAAGUCAAUGGGAAAAUGUGUUUCACGUUAUGGUCAACUUUUCAAGGAUGCAUCCCUUCCGUAACCCGGGGAUUACUGUAGUUGAAAAUCCCUUAGUGAAGCCUGUAGGUGGUUUGACUACAUUUGUUGUCUGAAUCACAUUUAACUCUCAAAAGCCUGCUUUCACGUGACACACCACCAGUGUCCUUGAUGAGUAGCAUGGCAUGUGGCAAAUCCACUCUCUUGGUUCAAACAUCAGCAGUGACACCUACAUCAUAUUUCUCCAUGAUAACUAAGCAGCUUGUUGGCAAUUUGGCACCUUUGCGGAGCCUUGGCCUCACAAUACCCAGGACCACACUGCUUGCCACACCUCGCCUGACACAGCCUCUUGAGCUCAGUUAUCUGAAAGCUCCUCUUGAGCUCAGUUAUCUGAAAGCUCCUCUUGAUUUCAAGCCACCUAGAACAACACCACUGCACUUCACCUGACACACCACUGUGCGACCUCAGACCACAAGAUUAAACAGUGGCAUUGCCAUAUGUAACACCGAGUCAGUACCCCAGAAUUUUUGGGAAAUGUGAUUAUAAGCUAGUUGUGACAUUAAGUGAGGUUGUGCAGCCAAUUUGACGCGUGGUUUUCAGAACUUUGUGAUAUAAAGUGAUGCUGAGCGAAAUGAUGUUAAGCGAGUUUCACUGUAAUUCAAAGUUCCUUGUAUAUACUAACAUGUUUAAAAUGGUAGAUAUCUAGUAGUAUUGGAUUUAUUUGUUUGUUUAUUUUGUGAGACUUUCCUAUUAGAGAAUUACAUGUGAAAGUAUUCUCUGUUUGAUAUGAUUUGGAUGGAUAGGCUAGUGCAGAUAUUUCUUGUUCUGCUGGUCUCUUCUUUAUAUAGUUAUUCUUUAAACAGUAUCUUUACCAUUGUCCGUAUUUUGCUCCUCAAGUGUUGACUCUCUGCACGUGGAUAAAGUGUUCCAUUGUCCGUGUAAUCAUAUGACCCUUUAUGUUGAUUUACUAUUCACCGAAGGAGAAGUGUACAAUAUUUUCUUGCAUUGUAAUAUAAUAUGUAUUGGUUAUCCUGUAUAUUGUAGGAAGUACAUUUUUAUUGUAGAGUGAUUAACAGAGUUCCUGUCAGCAAAAAAUGGGCUUUUGAUUAGCUAAGAGUAACCUAUGUAUUUUUACCUACCAUGGAAUUAACAUAUUAUUUAAAUUCUUCUGUAAACUUUUAAGUAAGAAAUAACUCCAUUUGCCAGUAUAUUGGUCAGUGCUACUGUACAUUAUAUUUAUGUUGCUGUAUUCCUAUCAGGUUUGAAUUAUUGUAGUCUUUAUAUUCAAACUUGUUUAGUGUAUAUUACUUCUACUGUUAGUAUUACAAGUUGUGUCAUUUUAAUAAUACAAUGGCAUAAUGACAUUAGCCAGAACAGCAUAUGGUUUGUCUGUUAUGGUUCCUCAUAUAGUUAAAUAGCAUAUUUAUUUGAACAGGACAUAAUCAUCUUGGGUCAUUGUAUAAUAGACAUAGUACACUCAAUAGUAAUGUUAAAACGUGUUAGAAGUUGCCAUUGAUAAGGACAUCCAAAUUUAACCUAUUAUAUAUUUUUAAUUAAUACAGUAGUGAUUUAAUUCUAGCAUGUAUAUGGUAAUCUUUAUUUAUAUUUUCUAUUUACAUUAGAUAUCCGACUUAACACUCCGUAUGUACAAUCGUCCAACGAAGUGAUGUCAUGGAUUUCAGUAUGAUUCGUUCAAAUAACGGUAUCUGGCAGCUUGGCAGGAGCAAUGCGAGUGACUGACCACUUACCAAUAGUCUGGACGCUGUUAUAUAGUAAGAUGAUAUAUUAACAAACUCCUGAGCCAAAUUUCUCACUACCCAACUUUUUGGGGGGGCAUUCCCUCAUGUUUUUGUAAGCAAAAGGCUUUAAAAUGGGUAGCAAUAAUAAAAUAGCUAUACAGGGUAGCCCAAUCCCAUGCUUGAAAGAUGAAGAAGAUGAGUGCAGGAAAAAAAAAAGGGACAGCCAGUCCUAGAAGAUACAACAACAUUAGCUGAUACCUGUAACACUUAAUAGUAGUGUAGAAUAUUCUGCAUAUGGCUUAUUUCCUUGUUUAGAUGUUGUUUUAUUUUUAGAACAAUAUGAAAGGCAUUUGUUACUCUUUAAAAUAAUUAUUAGUUGAAUAAGGUUUCAUAUUUUAACAACAGUACAGUACAUGAUUUGUUCUUACAAUAAUCUUGUGAAAAACUGCUUCAGCAUUUAUUAUUUAAUUUGUUACGGUUUCACAAAAUUGUGUUCCACAUCAAAAAAAUAAAGCGAGUCUGGUAGUCGCCAGGUACAGGGUAGUACCAUUUUCUGAAAACCAUGAUAUCAUUUAUUUGGGCAUUUGUACUGUACACUACCAUGAUUAGACUCCUUAAAAAGCCUUUUGUCUGUCACAUCCAAACUGUGUAUCUUAUGAUUACAGGUUGCUUUUGUUUUUUUAACACCUGUAGUAAGGUUGGCUAAAGUGGAAUUAACAAUAUUUGUCAUAUUAAGCAGUAUGUUCCAAGGCUUAAUAUAUUCUUUAAAACAUGAUCGCAACUUCUGCCGAGCUCUGUAAUUAUGACGGAAGAUAUAGUGCAAGAUUCUUGUCCACCAAAAGUACAAGUAUACCUUUUAUAUCAUUCCUUUCAAUAAAUCAAUAUAUAAAGACCCAGUUGAUUAUCAAAACUAUUCGUAAAUAACUCGUAUUUUUGUUAUUGUUUAAAAUUUAUAUCCUAAGAGAAAAAAAAAUAUAAUGAGACAUUUUUAAUCAUCACAAUAGUUUAUAUGUAAAGCAUUUGUCAAUCUACCUCAGUUUUUGCUUGAUGAAAUCAUUUUGGAUGCUUUUUGUAUAAACUGUUGGUGUUGGUUUUAAAUGACAUCCAAAAUGACAUCAUCAUCAAUAUGCCUCUUUCAAACCCACAUAACACAAGAACAUACCUGGUCACUAUACAUAUGCCACCUCACUUAGGGAUGAAUAUAUAAAAAAUUACAGCAUAAUACUGGAAUUAGUAUAGUAAACAAAGCAAAUAGUUCAUAUUAGUCUAUUAGUUCUUGUUUAUUGUGCAGUACUAUUGAGUAAAUCCUCUGGAUGCAGAUCCACUGGUGACACAUUAAGAGCUAUAUGAAGUAGUGAGUAAUAAUAGUGGACAUAGAUAUGUGGUAAACUGUUGUAGGUAUUACUGAAGACCUGGCCUUACCUGUGAUCAUGCUAAUCCUCUAUUAUUAUUUCCUACAGUACAGUAUUUAUAUUCCGAAUAGGAAUCUUUUGAUAAUCAUCAUCAUUGAGGUUAGCAGUGCCAGGUGUCUUCCCAGCAGAUGUCAACACCUUAGUAGCUAAUGAUUAAUAGGAAUGCGUGGUGGUAGGGCAUUAUUUUUAUAGUAUGGGCAGUUGCCAAUUUACCUUGCAUUAAUAAAGAUGUCGCGUUUAGAA